AUGGAAUCCUUCCAACCCAUCGUCGUUUCACCACAAACUCCUUCCGAGCUUCUAUCGUACAUCAUAUCCUACCAUAGAUACCCUUCGACAAUAAUAGUCGGAUCGUCAAAGGAAGAGUUUCAGAGCUCACUCAUUGAGGAAAUAACACACCAUCUUACUCUUCAAGAGGAACAACAACAACCCAACUACCCAGGCAACUCAGAGACGCCGUCUUCUCAUCAUCUCCUAAAGGCACCUCUCUACCAAAUAGCUAUAUCCCGCCACAUUAGAUUUAUAUUUGCACCAACCGUCACACAUCUACGUGCCUUUCUCUCCGUCUUUACACCACAGGAUUCUCCUAUACCAGCACCACCAAACUAUACGCCCACUUCUCGACCACCACUACUACUAGUUUACGGACUCCUAGCUCUUCACAGGGACGCAAGUGAAUGGUCUGCACAAGGAAUCGGUAACUCAGCCGCUCUUUUAGUCGAUGCUGCCUCACGAAACGAGUUUAGAGCUGCCAUAAUCGAGCCAAAAGGGAUAGGAGGUCACGAUACCCUGGAUCAUCUUGGAGGAGAGAUGAUACCUCUGUUGAAUGGCACAUCAAGAAGAGACGAUGGACAAUGGAGCGGACGAACUGCCAGUGCUAAGCAAGUCCUGCGCCGAUGGUUCGAAUUCGAUACUCGUGAACAAUAA